CUUCCCAUCUCCUGUAUCUCCCCACCACAGCCACUAAGCUAUACACCAUGCCUUCUGUUGUCUUCGACGUUGUCGGAACGUGCUUCUCCUACGACAACGGGGCGCUCGCCCUCCAGACCCGCCUCGGUCCCAAGCUUGCCGCCCACGGCCUCUCUCCCAAGCUUCUCUUCUACGCCUGGGUCUGCGGCACAGAGCGUGACUAUUCCUACCUCUCGCAGAUCAAGCAAUACAAACCCUUUUUCGACAUUCUCGCCAACACCCUCACCCGCGUACUCUACCAAGCCGGCGUCCCAGAGGAAGAGCUUGCCGAUUUCUUCACCCAAGACGACGUCGACUACCUCAUGGCUGAAUACAAAAAGCUCACGCCCCGCCCUGGACUCGCGCAAAUGAUGGCGACUCUGCGCGAGGGAGGGUUUGAGGUUUGGUGCUGCUCUGACGCGAAUAUCGACCGGGUGAAGGGGUACUUUGACCAUGCUGGGGUGGAGAUGCCGCUGGACCAUAUUCUGUCGGCAGACAUGGUUAAGGCGGGAAAGCCUGAAGCGGCGGUGUACAAGUUUGCCAGGGAGAAGGCCGGGUCGGAUAAGCCUGGGGAGGUUUCGGUGUUUGCUGCGUCUCACGCUUGGGACACAGCUGCGGCCAAAGCAGCAGGCUUUGUCACGGCCUACACGACGACCUACGAGUACGACGCGUGUGAGACCAUUUUUGGCAAGUCGGAUCUUGUCACGCCAGAUCUGAUUUCGUUGGGCAAGGGAAUUGUGGAGAAGUGGGGCAAAAAGUAGAGGAAGACGAGUUGAACAAUUGUCAGAAGAGCAGUAUGUGUCGUUUACGCAUAAUAUGCUGGCUAUGGAAAUACGAUGGUGUUCUUCAAAUAGGUGCGCUCUCCAUCAAGAUAUGCGCGCGGCAAUUGCAAUAAGUGC